GAGUAAAUAAGCAACUGGAUUACCCUUGAUCACAAGAAAAUGCGUCAUGUAUAGUAUAGGCUUGUCACAGGUCUUUUUGACCGCUUCGACCGAAAUCUUCAUGAUCUGGCAAAUGAAGUGGAGCAUUUAUCAAGCUAGUCGGAUCAGUUCCGACUGUUGAUCCCGUGGAGAAAAUUUGAGUCAUCCUGGCCUCGGAACCGGACAGCUAGGUAUCAACUCCAUGCUGCCCAAUGUCGAGCAGGCUAUCUCUUUAUUCUUUGUCUGAACCUCAGUUCUCUAUCACCAAAACUUCAAAGGAACAAAAACUGGCAGCAUCGUGUCAUCAUGUCCGAAUCUUCAGAUCCCGCGCCGAAAUACCGCAUCCGGCCCGGAACCUUCUUUGAUGUUCCAGCCACAACACGGAUUUAUGCUGCAUCAUUUGGCAACGAACCAUUAAUCGACUUCUUCUUCCCUACCCGGCGGCAAGACCCUUUGUCUUUCUAUACCUGGUCUUGUUGGAGAUUUCAGCGCCGGUAUUGGACGCCUGGGUAUUCACUGACUGUCGUGGCUGAUAAGCAUGAUCAUCCCGUCGGCCUAUCGUGGUGGAAGCGACCAACUCAGCCUCUAACACUUAUUCAAAAGCUCCUCUCUCCCUCGUUCUGGAUCGGUUCAGUCGUCAACGCUUUUAUCGACCUUCAAGAAUAUCUCUUCCCAGUCCAAGGUCUCAACAAGAACAACAUGAAAAUCUUUGAGCAAGCAUUUUCUGCUGUUGAGCCGCAUGUGCUGGACACCCCACAAAGGCAAAAAGCGCACUACCUUUCUCUGCUGGGUGUCGACCCUGUUCUGCAAGGAGAGGGUCUUGGCAAGAUGCUGCUUGAAGAUGGACUUGAGAAGGUAGAUGAUGAAGACUCGGUGGCUUGGCUUGUUAGUCUAGCUGGUCUGGAGACGCUUUAUGCAAGAUAUGGGUUUGCUGAGGUGACGAAGAUGGAGGUUGAAGGAUUGCAUGAUUGGAAAGGUGGUAUGGUAAUGGUUAGAGAUUGAUCAGAUUCUGAGAGCAGAAGCACAAUGGAACGGAUAUCGAGGGUUCUCCCUAUUUCUCAUGUAUAUGAGAUAUCUAUUGUUGAGAGCAGAGUAGAGUAUCAGAAUGGUCUCAAGCCAAAACUGUGAUCUCCCAAAACGAGGCUGGCGGGAGCCCAGGGUGCCUCACUAUGCUGUGUAUCUCAACUCGAAGACACUGCAUUGAAU